AUUGCAUGUGAAGCUCCAACAGUAGGUCCCCAAAAACACACACAAGAAAGCAAACAAACAAAAAAGGAAAAAAAAGAAGCCUCUACCCUCAUCUUUGUCUUAGCUCUGUUCUUGACAACAACAUACAACUGUCGAUGGCAUGUCUAAAUAUGUUCAACAAUGAACAACAGCAUCAGGGGCUGUACAGCACCAUGAGUCCAAGAAUAUCAUUCUCCAGUGAUUUUGGUGAUCCUCAGCAGGCAAUUAAGCUCGAGAAUGGAUACAGGGAAGCCCCCGUGUCAUCGGAUUUUGCAUUCACUGUGCCUACCUACAGCAUGAUCUCUGCUGAUGAGGUUUUCUUUAAGGGGAAGAUGCUUCCCUUGAGGGAGAACUGCACAAGAAUCACUACCCUCAAGGAGGAGCUCCUUGCAGGAGAAGAUGACGAUGAUGACAUCGACAGUGCAAGAAUCGGGAAAGGGAUGAGCAGCUGGAAGGAGAGAUUGGGGAUUAAGAGAUCACCAUUUUUUGUCCCUAAGAAAUGUGAUACUAAGAGCAGUGAAAUCAGUAGUCAGGAAAGUGUUUGUGCUGCAAGCUUUAAAGGGAAUUCUUAAUGCUUCAGGUGAUGUUAGAGAAGUCAUAAUUGUGAGGUUUGUUUUAGUGUAAAGAUAAAAAGCUGAAGUUCUUGAUUUUGAUCUCUUAAAUCCCCUAAUUAUGUAUGAUGAUGCUCAUUGUUUGUUCCCUUGGGUUUUCUACAUGUACAAAAUGGCUGUAGAUCAACUGUUUCCGUGUAAUAAUUUGUAUGUGUUAAUGGGGUUCUUAUGA